CAUUCCCGUCCGUGGUGGUUGCUUCGAGUUCGCACGACGCUAUGGAGUGGCGUUCGUUCGGUGCGCUUUACGACAAUUUUCGUGGUGGUUUUGACGAACGAACGACCGAUCGGCUCUUUAUAAGAUCUCCCGCCGCGAUCCUAGCCAGUCGACAGCAAGCAAGUUUCUCCAUCCAACCAACCUCCCAGCGAUCACCCCUGCUCCGAUCCUUGCAUUGGUCUCAUCCGCCGGCCGGCCGGGUACCAACGAUGGCCUGCACCCAGGAGGUGGUGGUGUUCGGCGUGAACCUCCUCGAGAGCGGCGCGCCGGAGGACGACGGCCUGGUGGCCGGCUGGGCGGCGGUGGGCCCGUGCACGGCGCUGUCCGCGCGCGACGAGGAGCCGGCCAAGGUCCCGACCGAGACGAUCAACGACGUGGCGGACGGCUACAGGCCCAGCGGCCGGUACGUCCUGGCGUCGGGCCGCGCCGGCGAGGCCGACGGCCUGCGCCGGGCGCUGAAGCGGGCCGCGCUCCGGCCCCGGGUCACGUACCGCGUCGCCGGGUGGGUCGGCCUCGGGGACGGGGACGGGGACGAGGGGGCCCGCCACGCGGUGCGCGUCAGCCUCCGCGUGGACGGCGGCUGCGUCGUCGUCGAUGGAGGCGCCGUCGUCUGCGCCGAGCCCGGCAGGUGGACCGAGAUCAAGGGCGCGUUCCGACUCAAGGAGAGCCCGCGCGACGCGGAGGUGUACGUGCACGGCGCGCCCGCGGGCGUCGACGUCAAGGUCAUGGAUCUCCAGGUCUUUGCCACCGACCGCAGGGCGCGGUUCAGGAAGCUCAGGAAGAAGACUGACAAGGUGCGCAAGCGGGACGUGGUCCUCAACUUCGGCAGCGCGGCGUCGGGCAUCUCGGGCGCGUCCAUCCGCGUGAUGCAGAUGGACAGCAGCUUCCCGUUCGGCACCUGCAUCAACACCAACGUGAUCCAGAACCCGGGCUUCGUGGACUUCUUCGCCAAGCACUUCGACUGGGCCGUGUUCGAGAACGAGCUCAAGUGGUACCACACGGAGGCGCAGCAGGGGCAGCUCAACUACAGCGACUCGGACGCGCUGCUCGACUUCUGCGACCGCUACGGCAAGCCCGUGCGCGGCCACUGCAUCUUCUGGGCCGUCGCCAACACCGUGCAGCAGUGGGUCAAGAACCUGGACGACGACCAGCUCGCGUCGGCCGUGCGGGCCCGCCUGCAGAGCCUGCUCACCCGCUACGCCGGCAGGUUCCCGCACUACGACGUCAACAACGAGAUGCUGCACGGCAGCUACUACCAGGACCGCCUGGGCGACGACAUCAACGCCUUCAUGUUCCGCGAGGCCGCGCGGCUGGACCCGGGCGCCACGCUCUUCGUCAACGACUACAACGUCGAGGGCGGCAGCGACCCCAACGCCACCCCGGAGAAGUACAUCGAGCAGAUCAGCGCGCUGCAGCAGAAGGGCGCGGCGGUGGGCGGCAUCGGCCUGCAGGGCCACGUCACCAACCCCGUCGGCGAGAUCAUCUGCGACGCGCUCGACAAGCUCGCCACCACCGACCUGCCCGUCUGGCUCACGGAGCUGGAUGUGAGCGAGUCCGACGUCGACCUCCGCGCCGAGGACCUCGAGGUGGUGCUCCGGGAGGCGUACGCGCACCCGGCCGUCGAGGGCGUCAUCUUCUGGGGCUGCAUGCAGGGCCACAUGUGGCGCCAGGACGCGUGCCUCAUCGACGCCGACGGCAACGUCAACGACGCCGGCGAGAGAUUCGUCGAUCUCCGGAGGGAGUGGACAUCGCACGCGCGCGGGCAGAUCGACAGCGCUGGACACUUCAAAUUCAGGGGGUACCACGGCACGUACAUCGUGCAGCUCGCGACGGCGACGGGGAAGGUGCACAAGACGUUCUCCGUGGAGAAAGGGGACACCCCUCUCGUGCUGGACAUGAACCUUUGACGAUCACUUUUACCGUUCCCUAGUUAUAUACAGACAUAUGGCAUUGAUUUGACCCAAUGGAACGCAAACAGAAAGCAGCACUCCAAUGCUACAUGUAUCUAUCUAUGAUUGGUAUUGUAAGGCAAACUUAAGGUAUUGUACUCCUUAAGAAUUAUUGGUGAUGGUGAAUAAAGUGAACGAGUUAUUCCUCGUUUUGUAGUAAA